GAUUAAUUAUAUAAUUGUAAUAAAUAUUACACAUAUAUAGAUACAGUAUGUAUACUAUACAUUUUUAGUCCACCAUUUAAGCUUUCACUUUCUUAACCUUAAGUUUUAAUGCUAUUGCUUCAAAUUAUAAUGCUUUUAAGAUUUCUGUGUUUCAUUUUAAAAUUUGAUGUAUUUCCAUUUACAUGGUUCUCCAGUCUAGGUUAUGGCGGCUGGAGAAACGGUCCUGCGCAGACUCCAAAGGGCUAUUCUCAGAGAGAGAGAGAGAGAGAGAGAGAGAGAGAGAGAGAGAGAGAGAGAGAGAGAGAGAGAGAGAGAGAGAGAGAGAGAGAGAGAGAGAGAGAGAGAGAGAGAGAACGCGUAAGAUACAGAGGAAAAGAGAAAGGAAGAGGAGGAGAAGGAGGAGGAGGAGGAGAAGGAGGAGAACGAAGGGAGCGAGAGGGGGUGGAAUUAUAGUAGCACCGGUUCCUGUGAGCCAUGUUGGAUGUGUGCAAGUAGGAAAGAUGCUGCGCCCGUGCUGCUACUAGCGCGAGCUCUACCCGACACCGAGAGUAGAUGCGAGCUUCUCGGGGGCUUCGAGAGCGCAGACCGUGGGAGCACGGCGGAAGGAGUCGGGCAGUGUCAGAGGACCUGGCGUCGGAAGAAAGAGAGCGCGAGAGAGGUAGAGGGAGAGAGAUUGAGAGGCACCGAGAAGGGAGAGAGGGAGAAAGGGGGAGAAAAGGAUCUCGCCACACUAAUGGCUGCACUGCUGCUGGGCUUUAGCUCGCCGUCGUCACUCCUGCUGCACCUUCUGCUCUGCUCUUUGUUCGCCGUUGUCCCGGGGAGAGCAGCCACGCCACGCCGCCACCACCCGGCCCCCGGAGACGCGCGGACUCUAGCUGAGAGCGACACGGUGAUCCGCCCCGUAUGGAGAGCAGCGUGGCUCGGAUCCAGUCAAGAAUUUACGAUUUCACGGACCAGAGCAGCAGGAGUCCCCGUGAUCUCGUCGCCGCUGGAUUACAAUGCAUCAGAACCAACGCCUCGGACUGGACGCUGUCAUCACCGGCUACCCGGUUGUGUGCAGAAGGGCGUUGUUUCCCCGUUUCUCGCUCCCUUGCUUCAGAUUGGAAAAAAGAGAUCUGUGCAAAGGACUAGAGCAUGCUCGUGUUUGUGCCGUCUCGAUUGCGGGUGGGUCACUGUACAGCGUGAGCACCAGGGACAGGGCUGUAUCGAUGCCCGUUCCGGUUUGGAUAAGAGCGCAGGAGGUUGGAGAACCGGGCCGGAGCGCAGCUCGUUGCCCUCAAAACGGGAGUUUAGGGAUGCCAAGAGGUGGGCUCGGCCACCAUCAACGGACAAUUCAAAUUCUAAUAAGACUGGCAGUGUUUCGGACGCCAAUAAAAGGGACAAAAGGAUAACGAUCAGUCCCUCCCGGGGCCUCCUCAAUGCUAUCGAUCCCACGACACAGGGCUGGAAAGGGUGUUUUCAUGGUGUUACUGGUGAUAGCAUUAAAUCUCGCGCGCAGCACCUUUCAGGACCAUCAGACAUCUGCCUGAACUCAUGCCGGGUUACAGGAGUCACUGUCGCUCCCGUAGCUUCCUGUAAAACAUUCUUAAAUGGAUACGGGCACGGAGCCAGUCACAAUCUGGCGCGCAAGCAAUGGAGUAGCAGAGAACGCAACAUCGCCCCUUUUACAGGCAUUAUUUUACCGUUUUAUUUGUCAUGCAAAAAUAUCACGGUAAUGGACACCCCUGAUCUGAAUGCAAAGCUUAGAGAUGAGAGAGGAAAAUAUAAACAGAAGUAUCCACAAAGUCAAGGUAAGGCUCGCAAAGCCGGUUCAAUUUCUGACAGGAGUCACAUGUCACAAUGUGUCUUCUACUUUACUGGAAACCCUUUUCUCCUAACUGAAAAACAAACUAAUUAUCCAUCGAUAUCUAAAGCAAUCUCUACUUUGUUUGACUCGGAAAGCAAAAACAUCUCUGACUCACAAGUUAAAUGUAGCGAUUGUGUUACUCACAUAAUGCCGCACUCCCAGCUCUCGGCUCAGAUGAACUUGACUGAGACAUCCUGUGACUUACAUACUCACACUGGGACUUGGAACAGUGACAAAAAUGGCACAGAGGGUGAGUCAGCUCUAGAUGUUAAGUUAAAGUUUGUUCAAAGUUUGUUCUUGUGGAACUAUAACAGUAACAACAACAACAACAACAACAACAACAACAACAACAACAACAAACAGCAGAAUGACUAUCAAAACAACAUCUCUAGUGAAAAUAGUAUAAAUGAAAAAAAAAUUGUUCAAAGGAAUAACAAAAUGGACAGCAACAUUUCAGCGCAUGUGUUAACAGCGCAUGUGCCAUGUUCUCAAGCUCACCUGGAUUCUGUCCCGAUGGAGAGUCCACACCCGGCAUGCGCUGACAGCACCACCAGCAACAGCUUAGAUACCAACAGGGGAGCCGCACAAACGCAAUUAAAAUCCGGUAAAGGGCUGCCAUUACAAGCUGAGGCUGUCAGUCAGCAUGUGAAGCAGGUUGGGGUCUCAGGGGAGAGGAGGAAGGGAGAGAUGGCAGGAGAGGUGAGGGAGGAGGAAGUGGAGGAUAGCAGGGGGAAGGGUUACAGGCAGUAUGGAAAAGGAGAAAGCAAGGAAAGUGGAGGGUGGGUGAAUGCAGAUAGCACAAAGAAAGAUGAGUCUGAAGGAGAUAGAAAUUUACAGGGAGAGGGAGGAAGAGAUCAAGUCUCACAGACAGUAAGAGAGACAGUUAGAGAAGAUGAGAACAAAAACUGGCAGCAAUUCAAGGAAAACAAGGCAGAAAAAGAUGAGUCAAAAAACAACCGAGACUUGGUAGAAACCACUCCAGUAGAGGUUACAACUGAAACAAAACAAACAGACAAAGAAUGUAACAAGAAAAAAGUCAUGAACGAUUAUGAGUACUACAAAGAAAAAAUAGGUGAGCAACCAGGUGCCCUUCCUGUCGGACGCUCACGUAGAGCUGCUAAUCGACACCCCCAUUUCCCUCAGUAUAAUUAUCAGAUUCAGGUGGCAGAAAACCAGCCUCCUAGUACCUCUGUUAUAUCAAUGGUAGCAGAGGAUCCAGAUCCUGGAGAGGCAGGACGGCUCAGCUACAGCAUCGCAGCUUUAAUGAACAGCAGAUCCAUGGACUACUUUCAAAUUGAUCCUAUGACUGGACUUAUCACCACCACACAUGUACUGGAUAGAGAGCACAUGGACUUGCAUUACUUCAGAGUGACUGCUACAGAUCAUGGUUCACCACGUUUGUCUGGAACAACAAUGGUAGCUAUUGCUGUUUCUGACCGGAAUGACCACUCUCCAAUUUUUGAACAGACAGAAUACCGUGAAACAAUCAGAGAGAAUGUGGAAGAGGGUUAUCCAAUCUUGCAGCUACGUGCUACUGAUCUCGACUCCCAGGCAAAUGCUAACAUUCGUUACCGGUUUAUUGGGGAAAGUGCACCUGUUGCACGUUCUGCAUUUGAAAUUGAUCCACGGUCAGGUUUGAUCACAACUCGAGGUAUUGUUGACCGAGAGAUAAACGAACGCUAUAUGUUACAGGUAGAGGCCAACGAUCAAGGCCGAGAGCCAGGUCCACGUUCUGCUACCGUUAAUGUUCACAUUACAGUUUUGGAUGAAAACGACAAUGUUCCACAAUUCAGUCAGAAACGUUACAUAGUGGCAGUUCGAGAAGACGUGCGGCCACAUUCAGAAAUCUUGCGUGUCAGUGCUUCCGAUGAAGAUAAAGACGGAAAUGCUGCUGUGCACUACAACAUUAUCAGUGGGAACAGCCGGGGGCAGUUUGCAAUUGAUAGUGUUACUGGAGAAAUACAAGUAGUAGCACCACUGGACUUUGAGACAGAACGUGAAUAUACUUUACGACUACGUGCUCAAGAUAAUGGCCGGCCACCUCUUUCUAACAGCACUGGAAUUGUUAGUGUCCAAGUGACUGAUGUGAAUGAUAAUCCACCAAUUUUUGUAUCUACACCAUUCCAAGCUACAGUGCUGGAGAGUGCCCCGAUUGGCCACUCUGUCCUGCAUAUUCAAGCCAUUGACACUGAUAAUGGUGAUAACGCACGGCUAGAGUACAGACUAACAGGAACUGGCACAGACACUCCUUUUGUUAUUAAUGCUGCUACAGGCUGGGUCACAGUGAGCUCAGCGCUUGACCGGGAAUUGGUAGAGCACUAUUUCUUUGGUGUUGAGGCCAGGGAUUAUGGAGCACCACCACUUUCUGCCACAGCUAGUGUCACUAUCACUGUGAUGGAUGUUAACGAUAAUCGCCCCGAGUUCCUUCAGAAAGAGUACUAUGUUCGACUAAAUGAGGAUGCUUCAGUCGGAACGAGUGUCGUUAGCGUAACAGCAGUUGACCGUGAUGUCAACAGUGCAGUCACCUACCAGAUUACUGGUGGAAACACUCGCAACCGUUUUGCUAUUAGCACAGCUGGAGGAUCUGGACUUUUAACACUGGCAUUGCCACUUGACUACAAACAGGAGCGGCGUUAUGUGCUAACAGUCACUGCCUCUGACAGAACCCUACAUGAUACCUGUCAGGUACACGUGAACAUCACAGAUGCAAACACACACCGUCCAGUGUUUCAGAGUGCUCACUACUCUGUGAGUGUAAAUGAAGAUAGACCUCCAGGUAGCACUGUGGUGGUAAUAAGUGCCACAGAUGAUGAUGUUGGCGAGAACGCCCGGAUCAUAUACUUCCUCGAAGACAACAUUCCACAGUUCCGAAUUGAUCCUGCAACAGGUGCAAUCACAUUACAAGCUGAGCUGGACUAUGAAGACCAAAUGACUUACACUCUUGCCAUUACAGCUCGUGACAAUGGAAUACCACAAAAAUCUGACACAACCUAUGUAGAAGUCAAUGUGAAUGACGUGAAUGACAAUGCGCCACAGUUCCUCAGCCCACAUUACCAGGGUGGAGUCAGUGAAGAUGCUCCACCUUUUACAAGUGUCCUACAGAUCUCUGCCACCGACCGUGAUGCUCAUGCUAAUGGACGUGUGCAGUAUACUUUCCAAAAUGGGGAAGAUGGUGAUGGUGAUUUCACCAUUGAGCCGACUUCUGGAACAGUUCGCACCGUGCGGCGACUUGAUCGAGAAAGUGUGCCAUUCUAUGAACUCACAGCCUUUGCAGUGGAUCGUGGAGUUCCACCUCAACGCACACCUGUCCGUAUCCAGGUCAGUGUUAUGGAUGUUAAUGACAAUGCUCCUGUCUUCCCUGCUGAUGACUUUGAGGUGCGGGUGAAAGAGAACAGUGCAGUCGGGUCAGUCGUAGCUCAGAUUACAGCCACAGAUCCAGACGAAGGCCCUAAUGCCCAGAUUAUGUAUCAAAUUGUUGAAGGUAACAUUCCUGAAAUCUUCCAGAUGGACAUUUUUUCAGGAGAGCUCACAUCUCUGAUUGACUUGGAUUAUGAGACACGGAACGAGUAUGUCAUUGUUGUGCAAGCCACAUCAGCACCUCUGGUAAGCCGGGCCACGGUGCGAAUCCGACUUAUUGACCAAAACGACAAUAGCCCAGAAAUGAAGAACUUUCAGAUUAUAUUCAACAACUUUGUGUCAAAUCGUUCCAACACUUUCCCAAGCGGAGUUAUAGGGCGUGUUCCAGCCCAUGACCCAGAUGUAACUGAUCGCCUCUACUACACCAUUGAACAUGGUAACGAGCUUCACCUGCUUUUACUCAACCGCACAAGUGGAGAAAUCCAACUCAGCAGUGAACUGGACAACAAUCGCCCACUGGUCGCGCACAUGCUCAUCACUGUCACUGAUGGUGUUCACAGCAUCAGUGCUCAGUGUGAGCUGAGGGUCCUGAUCAUCACUGAGGACAUGUUAAGCAGCAGUGUAACGGUGAGACUACAAAAUAUGUCCCAGGAGCAGUUCCUGUCUCCACUGCUCGCCGACUUCCUGGAAGGUGUGUCAUCUGUGCUGUCAGUCGCUGCUGCGGAUGUGUUUGUUUUCAAUGUACAGCCGGAUGCUGAAGCGGAGCGAGUGUUGAAUGUCAGCUUUUCAGCAGCGUUGCCAGGAGGACAGUUCUUCCCUUCAGAUGCGCUGGAGGAGCAGCUCUACCUUAACAGACCAAGACUAAAUAUGCUCACACAAAUGCAGGUGCUGCCGUUUGAUGAUAACGUGUGUUUGCGUGAGCCGUGUCAGAACUACAUGAAGUGCAUCAGCGUCCUGCGCUUCAAUAGCUCCGCCCCUUUUAUCUCCUCACCCUCGAUGCUGUUUCGGCCCAUCCACCCUAUCGCAGGCCUGCGCUGUCGCUGUCCCCCUGGCUUCACAGGGGAUUACUGCGAGAUCGAGAUUAAUAUGUGUUACUCGAAUCCUUGCCUGAACGGAGGAGUGUGUGCACGCAGGGAAGGAGGAUACACCUGCAUCUGUAGAGAGAAUUAUACAGGAGAACGCUGUGAAUUUGAUCGGCGAACAGGCCGUUGUGUAGCUGGUGUGUGUCGGAACGGCGGGACGUGCCAUGAGCUUUCAGGUGGAGGUUUUCGCUGCGAGUGUCCAGCGGGUGGCUAUGAGAAACCCUACUGCGCCAUCAGCACUCGCUCCUUCCCUCCCAAGUCUUUCAUCAUGUUCAGUGGACUGCGACAGAGGUUCCACCUAUCCAUCUCUCUCUCGUUUGCCACUCUUAAGAAUAGUGGGCUGUUGAUUUAUAACGGACGCUUUAAUGAAAAGCACGACUUCCUGGCUCUAGAGAUUCUGGAUGGUCAAGUAGUGCUCAAGUACUCCACAGGUGAAUCAUCUACACAGGUGAGCCCGUACCUGCCAGGAGGUGUGAGUGAUGGGAAUUGGCACACCGUUCAUAUCCACUACUAUAACAAGCCCAAGAGGAGUGUGAGCGGUGAGGUGCAGGGUCCUUCGGAUGAGAAAGUGGCUGUGUUGAGUGUGGAUGACUGUGACACUGCUAUCUCACUGAGGUUCGGGCUACAGCUGGGAAAUUAUAGCUGUGCAGCACAAGGCAAACAGAGCAGCAGUAAGAAAUCUUUGGAUCUGACUGGGCCAUUGUUUCUGGGCGGAGUCCCGAAUGUUCCAGAUAAUUUUCCUUUUGGAGCGAGAGAAUUUACUGGAUGCAUGAAGGAUCUUCACAUUGACAACAAACCUGUGGACAUGGCAGGCUAUGUUGCGAACAAUGGCACUUUGCCAGGCUGUAGUGCCAAGAUGCCGUUCUGUAAGUCAAACCCGUGCCAGAAUGGAGGCACGUGCAGAGUGAGCUGGGAGACGUUCUCCUGCGACUGCCCACUAGGGUUUGGAGGCAAAGACUGCAGUCAUGCGAUGCCCCACCCCCACCGCUUCCUCGGUAGCAGUGCGCUGUUAUGGGAUCUAAAGAAUGAUGUCACCAUCAGCACGCCGUGGUACCUGGGGCUGGCUUUUCGCACACGAGCCAAAGAUGGGAUAUUGCUGCAGGCGCAGGCUGAACAGUACACACACUUAAUCUUUCAGCUCACAGCGGGUCAGUUGGUGUUCUCGGUGACCAGAGGGUCGGCUCAGCCCGUGCGCUUGCGGCUUGACCAGGUGCAGGUUUGUGACGGACGCUGGCAUGACCUGCAGCUGGAGCUUCGAGACAUCCGCAGUGGACGAGAGACACGUUACGUGGCUACUGUCAGACUGGACUUUGGACUGUAUCCGGAAACUGUAAUGGUGGGCAGUGAGAUUCAUGGGCUGAAGGUGAAGCACCUGCAUGUUGGAGGAGUUUUGGGAUCGGGAGAGGUGAAGAGUGGGAUACGUGGCUGCAUCCAGGGUGUACGUUUAGGGGUACGUCCGGAUUCGCCUGCUUUGCCCCGCCCGACCAGAGCUGUAAAAGUGGAGACUGGUUGUAACGUUGGUAACCCCUGCAGUGCCUCCUCUUGCCCCUCCCACAGCCAGUGCUCUGAUGAAUGGGAACGCCAUACCUGUAUCUGCGAGCCAGGUUUUUACGGUAAGAGCUGUACAGAUGCAUGUCGGCUGAACCCGUGUGAGAAUGAAGCUCGGUGCCACAGGAAGCCAAGCUCUUCCCAUGGCUAUGUGUGUGACUGUGGAGACAAUCACUACGGCCAGUACUGCCAGCACAGGAGUGAGCAACAGUGCCCCCGUGGUUGGUGGGGAAAUCCUACAUGUGGACCAUGUCACUGUGAUGUCAGCAAAGGCUUUGACCCAGACUGCAACAAGACCACCGGCCAGUGCCUCUGCAAGGAGUUCCAUUAUCGACGGCGGGGUAGUGAUGUAUGCUUGCCGUGUGACUGCUACCCGGUGGGCUCUUUUACACGGACAUGUGACCCAGAGAGCGGACAGUGCCAGUGUAGGCCGGGUGUGAUUGGUCGGCAGUGCAACAUGUGUGACAACCCUUUCGCUGAGGUCACACAGACUGGCUGUGAAGUGAUCUAUGAUGGCUGUCCAAAGAUGAUCACCACGGGAAUCUGGUGGCCCAGGACCAAGUUCAACAUGCCCGCUGUGGUGCCCUGUCCUAAAGGAUCAGUAGGAGCUGCUAUUCGUCACUGUGAUGUAGACCGAGGCUGGCUGGAGCCUGAUCUCUAUAACUGUACAUCUCCUGCUUUUGUUGAGCUCAACACAGCGCUUGACGCAGUUGAAAGAAAUGAGACAGUACUGAACACCAUCACUGAAAAGAAGCUGGCCCAUCAGCUGCGUGACGUCACCGAGGCAUCAACCUAUCUCUAUGGCAACGACCUCCAGAUUGCUGAGAAACUGUUGUCCCGCCUCCUGACCUUUGAGAGCCUUCAAACAGGUUUCGGUCUAACGGCCACACAGGACGCUCACUUCACCGAGAACGUGUUACGAGCAUGCAGUGUGUUACUAAGCCCGAGCUCAGCAGGAUUGUGGAGGUCUCAAAGUUCAGCUCAGAGUGGAGCAGCAGGCUUGGCUGAUCUGUUGGAGCAAUACUCACGCAACCUCGCCCAGAACACCAAACACACCUACCUCAAUCCUGUAGCACUGGUGGCACCCAAUAUAGUAAUGACUGUGGACCGUGUAGAAAACCACACACAUGUGCGGAAACGUUUUCCUCGGUAUCACAGCACAAUGUUUCGUGGACAGACCCUCUGGGAUGCACACACACAUGUAGUGCUGCCACCUAGUGCCCUGGUGCUACAACGCAACUACUGUGAGUACGCACAGAAAUAUUUGACACUUUUAUUUUUUGGUCUAAUUGAACAGAGUUGUUAUUGCUUGAAAUGUUUUUUUUUAUGCUCAGCCCCGUUGAGUUUACAUGCCAAUCAGACGCCAGAAGUGCCAGCAGCACGACGAUCUGGCUUGCCGAAUAACUCACCGUUCACCAUUGUUAUUGUCCUGAUAUACCGCAGUCUCGGAGCUGCACUUCCUCCUAAAUACCAUACAGACCGCCGAGGAGUUAGGUUGCCACGUCACCCGGUGCUGAAUUCUCCUGUAGUGAGUGUAUCUGUGUAUAAUAAUCACUCAUUUGUGGAGGGUUUCCUGGAGCCACCUGUUCAGCUGGAGUUCCGUCUCUUGGAGACGAGUAACCGCAGCAAGCCUCUGUGCGUGCAGUGGAACCACACCAGCCCAGUGUCAGCAGCAGGUUGUUGGACAGUGAGGGACUGCAGUGUUGUCUAUAGGAACAUGUCACAUGUGCGUUGCCAGUGCCAUAGACUGGGUACCUUUGGAGUGUUGAUGGACAGCUCACAGAGAGAGCAAUUAGAGGGUGACCUGGAGACUCUUGCCAUAGUAACCUACACAUCUCUAUCUGUUUCCAUGGUGGCACUGUUGCUAACGGUUACGGUGCUCUCCUGUUUGAGAGAGCUGAAGUCGAACACACGCAGCAUACACUCCAAUAUGGCUGCGGCAACAUUCCUCUCUCAGCUCACCUACCUGCUGGGCAUCAACCAAACUGAACAACAGUUUUUGUGCACAGUCGUAGCGAUCCUGCUGCAUUAUUUCUUCAUGUCUGCGUUUGCCUGGAUGUUUGUGGAGGCUCUGCACAUUUACCGCAUGCAGACAGAAGCCCGAAACAUCAACUAUGGAGCCAUGAGAUUUUACUACGCCAUUGGCUGGGGAGUGCCUGCUAUCAUUACUGGACUGGCUGUGGGUCUGGACCCAGAAGGUUAUGGGAACCCUGAUUUCUGCUGGAUCUCCCUUUAUGAUAAACUUAUCUGGAGUUUUGCUGGACCCAUCGUCAUUGUAAUACUGACUAAUACAGGGAUGUUUAUGAUGGUUCUACGUAUGACAUGCAAUCCGUCUCAAAAGGAGACUAAGAAGCUGCCCAUAAUUGCCACUAUCCGCAGUGCCUUUCUCCUGCUGCUCUUGAGUGCAUGUGUGUGGUUCUUUGGGCUAAUGGCAGUCAAUAACAGCAUCCUGGCCUUCCACUACCUCUUCAUCAUCCUCUGCUGCAUACAGGGUUUGGCAGUGCUGCUGGUUUUCACUCUGCUGAAUUCAGAAGUGCAGGAAGCCUGGAAAGCAGCCUGCUCUGGCAAGAAGAGUCCGAGCGAAGACCCUCCCAGAGCCACUCAGAUUACUGGCCAGAACCCAUACAACAGUGCCUCCCUGCUGGAACAGAGUGGAUUACAUCGCAUCACACUGGGAACCUCCACCAUAUCGUCAGUCAGCAGUGCUCGGGAAAAUCUUCUAGCACGUCCGACCGCUGAGCACAUGCUGGGUCAUAAGGGAGCCACUGAUCUCGAUGUGGCCAUGUUCCAUCGUGAUGGAGGUGAGGACUCUGACUCCGACUCAGACCUCUCUUUGGAGGAGGAGAGGAGUUUGUCUAUUCCGUCCUCUGAGAGUGAGGAUAACGUUCGUCUUCGUGGACGAAUUCAGCGCCGUUUCAAACGCACCAACCAUAGUGAGAGAUUGCUCACUGAUCCCACCCACAAUGGCACCAAAGAUCUGGAUGGAAAUGACCUGCUCUCCUAUUGGCCUGCAUUGGAGGGCUGUGAGGUUCACUCUCUUCAAAAAUGGGGUUCGGAGCGCCGUCUCGGGGCCGAUUACAGCAAAGAUGCAGCCAAUAACAAUCAGGCAGACGCUGCACUCACCAGCGGGGAUGAGAGCGGACCGACACACAUGCACAGACACCGCAAAGGUAUCUUAAAAAACCGCCUUGGAUGUCCUCCAGCCCUGCAGGGUUUGUCUUCAGUGGGUCGUGUGCCCAGCGAGCUUUCUUGGUACCGCACGUCCACACUAGGCCACCGGGGUGUACCGGCCGCUUCUUAUGGCCGCAUGUGUUCAGGCACAGGAUCUCUGUCCCAGCCAGCCUCACGCUACUCCUCCCGUGAGCACUUGGACACGAUCGCACGGCGCCAGCGGUCUCGUGACAACCUUGACCUCCUGCCACGUCGCCGUGAGCUUGGUUCCAGAGAACAUCUAGGCCCCGUCCACAGCAUCCAUGCCUCAAGAGAGGAUCUAGGGGUGGGAAUAGCUGGCAUAGGGAGCCUAUCUGGAAUGGAAGGAGGUUCUUUAGGUGGUAUGCGUAUGCCAUUGAGCACACUAAUGAGGCAGCAGGCAUCCAGAGAGCACCUCAGCUGUUCCCGGGAGCAGCUAGAGUCAAAUGGGGGUGUAGGAGCAGUGCCACAGCCAUGCCGUGAGUGGCUCCGAACUCUGCCUCCACGUCAGCUCUCACACUCAGAGUCUCAUGCUACAGCCUCUCCCCCUCCACCAAUCACAGAGGACCCUCAAGAAACCCUGCACUCACGACAUGGCAGAUUAGACUCCGCCCCUCUAUGUAGGUAUCCCACACCUACAACGGCCCCCGGAGCUCCGCCUAGUCGUCAACCUUCUAACGAGCAGCUGGACAUUCUUUCCUCUAUCCUAGCCUCAUUCAGUUCAACGGUACUGACUCCACCUCCUAACCCUGCCUCUGCGGCUACUGGUCCUUCCCCAUCCCCGCCGCCUCAUUCUGCAACCUCACAAAGUAUCUCCGAAGUGUCGCCAGACUCAGAAGCUCACAGAAGUGAUGGACAGUCCUGAUGACAUCAUAUUAGUCCCAUAAUGCAGUUCCAUGGGGCAUAGAAGGACAGCAGAAAAAAAAAGUUUAGAAAGAAUAGUAAGGGGCAUUCUGGGACACUGGAGGACCUGACAGUGUAACUGAUUUAGAGACAAAAAGGUUGAAUCUUCAACCUGAUGGUUUACAGUCAUAUUUUAUAACAGCCUCCCAAGGCCAAGGGGAGUUACAGGGUGACGAGGAAGAAGAAAAGGAGGUGAUUCCCACCAUCAGUGAAGGACAAAUACUCAAAGGGCCGGUCAGAGAAGGAAAAAAAAACAUGUAUAUAACCUUUUUAUACAGUUUUGUAUUUUUUUUUUUCAUUCAAAUUGAAAGACCUGAUGUUUUUACAGAUUAUGUCUGGCAUUUGAGGGUCACUGAGUGAGUGAAUAUUGGUUUCAGUGAAGAGGGAUCUUGAAACAUUCUUGAACCAUUCCCACACCCAUCACAAACCAUUCUCAAACCUUUUUUCCAGAACCAUUCUCAUAUGUUCCUGUUACCAAAAUAUAUUGGGAUCAGAGGCUUGGAUUGGUUCAAUAAUGAGGAAACCAACAAUCGUGAUGUGUGAUUUAGUGCAAAACGCCAACAAUAGAGAUUAUAAAAGUAUUUGAAACCAAGAGAUGUGAUUUGACCGAUAUGAUUGUGAAUUAAGAUGUUUUAAGGCAGCUGGAUUUUAUCAGAGGACAAAGGUAAAGAUUUUGACUUGGUCUUAGGAGCAAGUUAUAAAACUAUGGCUGUCAGUUUGGGCAUGCUGUGCACCUGCUUGAAUUUCAAUUCAGAACAGUAAUUAAAAACAUCUGAUUUCAGUACAUCAAUUCAGACCAAAUAGGUAUUCGUUUUACUUCACAGAUAACAUUUGCUGAGAUUUUUAAGCAGGCAUGCAACAUUGUACUCAGCUUGCUCUGAGAAGUCUCCAAUCUAGUUGCAUUCUGGAAAUUAUUGAUAUUCUUAUGUGCUUGUACAGAUGCUGUCAGAAUGUGUUCUUUUCAGUUUUCCUGAAUAUGGUAAAUCGGGUCUUAAUCGGAUAUAGCUGCCUCCAAUAGAUGGACCAUAAGUAGUCCUUAUUACACAGGCAUUUGUCAGUGUAGUGGUAAACAGUCCCAGGGGCCUCAUUGAACACAACAAAACAUAACUAGUGAGAGAAGCGUGGCUCUUAUUUAAGUUGUAGUAUACAUCAAGAAGAAAAAGUCUCCUGAAUUAUCGAAAAGUUCUGCCAAAUAAGAAAAACCAAGACCAUUCCUUUUAUACCUCAUACCUAGAAAAGUGCUCCAAUCAAUUUUUUUACUUAAGCAUUUUUUUAUAUUUUAUUUAUUAUAAUGUACCUUUUUAUCUUGUACAGACAUAUUUUUGUUUGUUUAUUUAUUACUUAUUAAUUUAUUUAUUAACUAUGGUUAAUUUUAGUCAUAUCACCACUUCCAGGUUUUUAUGAUUCUGUGUGUGUGUGUGCGUGUGUGCACGUGAGAGAGAGAGAGAGAGAGAGAGAGAGAGAGAGAGAGAGAGAGAGAGAGAUUUUUUGGAAAGCUGAUCAAGUGAGAAUGGAUUUUUCUUGUUAAAAUGUACAACGUGUGACAUUUUGGUACUUGUAUUGUUUGAUACGUGCCCCUACCAAUGCAUCAUUGCAUUCUGGGUAAGAGAAAUUUGGAAAAAAAAAAACACAGGAGAGAAUUGGUGGGGUUGUAUCACCUGAUAAUGUGUUUAUUAUGGGAUGUCUGCUAUCCCGUUUACAUGGUGGGUAAAACAGCUGCCAAGGCUUGUUGGUUACCACAGAAACCGUACAAGAGAUAUGUUGGACAUUAAAAAAAAUUAUUGCUAGAAGUGUUUGAGUCUUGUAUUAUUGUCUUUACCUGAAACUAUUUUAAAAUGGUGUUGGUUGAUGAAGUUUGUUGACAACGUCCUGCUGCCAGGAGUCCACUGUCCAGACAAACAGACCCUGAGAAUGAAUAAUUAAACUGAUUUACACCCAGAAUUAUGACAUUAAAACACUAAAACACAUUUCUCUCAACUUCCUGCCGUCCCAAUGAACACUGUAAAAGCAAAAUUGUCACUGUUACAUCUAACAGUUUGUGCAACACCUUUUUUUUUUUUUUUUUUUAAGAAUAA